AUGGUUAACUCCAAGCAACACAGACAAGGCUGGUGUGAUGCCAAUGAUUCCAUCACCAUCAUCACUGCUGACAGUGGUAAGCUCCCAGUACCAAAAAUAGGAGGUACUGUCAGUUUACUCAGCCUAAGCCCAAUGACAAAACAAUGGGAACAAAUGACCUACAACAACUGCCUCCUAGUUCCUGGAUUGGUGACCAACCUCAUUGGUACCAAGACAGUCACACAAGCAAAGGGAAAGGUAACUUUCAAGGAUGAGCUAGUUACAGCCCAAGACUGUCAUGGCUGUGCCAUAGGAGUCCCAAUCAGCAGCAAUGGAUACCCAGCUGCUGGAAUGAUCCUUUGGGAUGAUAGUAUGCCCAAACCCAAAGUGUCACUGGCCUUCUCAGGAAUGUGGCAGAGGAAGACACAAUUGUGCAAAAAUGACACCAAAGCUAACCUCUGGCACUGUCACCUUUGCCACCCAGGAUACAACACCAACUUAUGCACCCAAUCUGCAACCAUUGCCCACAACAUACCCUUGGUGCAAGCAACACAACUCAAAGUACUAUGUGACACAUGCAUAUGCAGCAAGGCAGUGGCCAGAAUGGAACCACACCCCAGCAAUGUCAAGCACCCACUCAAACUCAUGUCUAUGGACAUUAUGGGACCACUGCAUGAGUGCCCCCAGUUUUCCUAUGUCCUCAUCAUUUAUGAUGCAUUCUCUGGGAUGAUAUGGGUUCAAGGACUACUCGAUAAGGCCCAUGCAACCACAGAGGCAUUGUACUGGCUCUCUGAGACUCAUCAACCCCCUCAAUGCCAAUCCACCAGCAUGACAAUGGGAUGUGACAUCAAAGAGAUCCAAGUUGACCAAGGCGAACUCUGGACAGCAUCCUUCCAAAACCUCUGCUUGUCAUCCAGCAUCAAGAUCACUGCCUCCCCAAUGCAACAGCACACUGAUAAUGCAUUUGCGGAGCGCGCUAUCCAAUGUUGGAAACUUAAGUCGUUUCGGUCCCAAUACUGGUGA